CUCAAAUCCUGCACCCGCGCUCGUACCCAACUUACUUAUACACUCGACGAGACUUCUCACAUCAACAAUCCUUACCUGAUCCUCUAAUCACAGUAUAUUCUUGGCUUCCUUCUCACCAGCCAUAAAAAUGGGUGCGCUCACCGAAAACCUCGAGUUCCCCUUCCGCCGUGCUUCCGGCCUCGACCCGCCUCCCGAGUACGCCUGGCUCCGCAAGACCGACCCGGUGACCCAGGUCCGCCUCUUCGACGGCAGCCUCGCCUGGCUGGUGACCAAGUACCACGACGUCUGCCAGGUGGCCACAGAUGAGCGGCUGUCCAAGGAGCGCACGAGGCCCGGCUUCCCCGAGCUCGCCGCGGGAGGGAAAGAGGCGGCCAAGAAUCGGGCCACGUUUGUGGACAUGGAUCCGCCCAAGCACAUGCAGUAUCGCGGCAUGGUUCAGCCGAUUUUUGAAAUGGAACAUGUCAAGGAGCUGGAACCGUACAUCCAGAAGACGGUGGAUGACUUGUUGGAGAGGAUGAAGAAUAUGGGGUGCGAGGGCGGUCCGGUGGAUCUGGUGCAGAAUUUCGCGCUGCCGGUGCCUUCUUAUAUCAUAUAUACCAUCCUCGGCGUUCCGGUUGAGGACCUCGAGUUUUUGACUCAGCAGAACUCCAUCCGUACGAACGGAAGUUCGACAGCGCGAGAGGCAUCUGCUGCUAAUCAGGAACUCCUCAACUACCUCCGCCGUCUCGCCGAACAGCGUCUGCAGGAGCCCGAGGAUGACUUGCUCAGCAAGCUUAUGACCGAGCAAGUCAAGACCGGCAAGCUCGACACAGCCGAUGCCGUCCAGAUGGCUUUCCUCUUGCUAGUGGCUGGUAAUGCCACCAUGGUUAACAUGAUUGCCUUGGGCAUCGUGACCCUCUUCCUAAACCCUUCCCAACUCGAAGAACUCAAGCGCGACCCCUCUGUAGUCCCUGCCUUUGUCGAAGAACUAAGCCGAUUCCACACCGCUUCGGCCAUGGCCAUCCGCCGCGUUGCCAAGGAGGACCUGGAGAUCCGCGGCAAGACCAUCAAGAAAGGCGAGGGCGUCAUUGCCUCCAACUUGUCGGCCAACCGCGACGAGGAGGUGUUCAAGGAUGCGGACAAGUUCGACAUGCAUCGCGAGUGGCCUGUGAAAGAGCUCGGGUUUGGGUGGGGAGAACAUAGGUGCAUCGCGGAGUUUUUGGCGAAGGCGGAGCUGAAGGCUGUUUUUGAAACUAUUUUCAAGAAGUUGCCGGAUCUGAAGAUUGCGGUGCCUUUUGACGAGAUUGAAUACACGCCGCUUGACCGCGAUGUUGGCAUUGUUAAGCUGCCUGUUACUUGGUAAGUCCGAGAGCUGGAGUGAAAAUGGAUUGGGAGUGAUGUAAGCGCGGAAUGUCUUUAUAUGAGGUAGACAUCAAAAUCACUUUGGAUGCGCUUUCCCUUCCCAAAUGAUGACGCCCUUGGCCUCUACCUCCACUUCCAGUCAAUUUCAUCCAAAAUUUCCAAUACAUCAGUAUUCAUGGUGUUUCGUCUGACGUGGCCGAUACCUUCCUUGGCGCUCCAUCAAGGCGGUUAUCCCAUGCGGAACGGGCCGUGACUCAGACGGUGAUGUCCGAAGUGACGGAGUGACUCACGUUCAAG